CAUGGAAUUGAGGACACAGCUGCAGAAUGCAGGAGACUGGGUGCGAAGGCUCACGCGUUUGUGGUAGACUGCAGUAAUCGAGAAGAUAUUUACAGCUCUGCGAAGAAGGUGAAAGCAGAAAUUGGAGAUGUUAGUAUUUUAGUAAAUAAUGCUGGUGUAGUCUACACAUCGGAUUUGUUUGCUACACAAGACUCCCAAAUUGAAAAGACUUUUGAAGUUAAUAUACUUGCACAUUUCUGGACGACAAAAGCAUUUCUUCCAGAGAUGAUGAAGAAUAAUCACGGUCAUAUUGUCACUGUGGCUUCAGCAGCUGGGCAUACCGGGGUCCCCUUCUUACUGGCCUAUUGUUCAAGCAAGUUUGCUGCUGUUGGAUUUCAUAGAGCUUUGACUGAAGAACUGGCUGCCUUAGAAAGAACUGGAAUCAAAACAACAUGUCUCUGCCCUAAUUUCAUAAACACUGGCUUCAUCAAAAACGCAAGUACCAGUUUGGGACCCAUCCUGGAACCUGAGGAAGUGGUAGACAAGCUGAUGAAUGGGAUCCUGACUGAGCAGAAAAUGAUUUUUAUUCCAUCUUCUAUACGCUUGUUAGUAUUAGUGGAAAGGAUCCUUCCUGAGCGCUUCCUGGCAUUUUUAAAACAAAAGAUCGAUAUUAGGUUUGAUGCAGUUAUUGGAUAUAAAACUAAAGGACAAUAAGUCCGACAUGGGCUACAUUCUACGUUUAGUUGAUGUAAAUACAUAUCUUCAAAAAUGCCUGCCUUCCAAAACAUCAUUAUACUUAAGUAACAUAACUCAAGUUCUCCUUCAAACAUUAGCCAUAAAUAAAACUAAUUUACCAGGUUUAAGUGGAUUUCAUCUAAUGUUCAUCAGAAUUUUAAUGUUUAGAUUUCUGCUUUUCCUAAUAUCUUUUUUUCUUCAAUAUAAUCUUUUGAUGCCCUGGCAGUUCACAUGUAUUACCACCUCUCCUUUAGCUGAAAGCUAAUUUCAUAUAAUACAAAGAGGGGGAUAUCUUAGGAACUGACAUUAUAGAAAAUGGAGAAAAGGAACAAAAAUAAUUUUAUAAUAUUUCUAAGAUUUUGUGGCUUGUGAAGGCUUUGCAAAAUUUGUACUAUAAAUGUGUAAGAUAUAGUGUUCUUUCUAAUUGCAGUUAAGUUUUAUAUAAUUCACCUGUUUCCUUUUCUAUUCUCCAUAUAACAAACACUUCAGGCUCUCUAAAUGAAAAACUGUAUCUUAUGGCAUUUCACAAUGAGUUUCAUAUGAUGUAAGAAAUACUGCUCAAACAUUUCAUCCUGCACAUUACUAUGUUGUUUCAUUCCAAAGCCAAACACUUCAGCUCAAGGAAAUGUCAGAUGGACACAUGUUGCAGGUAUAAAAUCACCGUUGGGAUCUGAGGCAGAGAAUCAGGAGAAUGCACCCAGAGUGGCAACAAUAAACAAUUCAAACUUAAA